AUGGCCGAACGAUAUAUCCCAGAGCAUCGACGAACGAACAACAAAGCCAAGAACUCGUUCAAGCCCGAUGAGCUCCGCCGUCGCCGCGAAGAGCAACAGGUUGAGAUUCGUCGUCAAAAGAGAGAAGAGAACCUGUCAAAGCGGCGGGGUAUCACACGUGCCGAUGGCGAAGUUGGCGUAGGUGCUGUCAGCGAUGGUGAUAGCGAUGAUGAUGGUGGAGCAGUCGAGAGCGAGCUGUCCACCGAUCUCCCUGAAAUGGUCAAAGGUGUCUUCUCCGACCAAAUCGAGUCUCAGAUUGCCGCCACCACCAGAUUCCGCAAACUGCUAUCCAAGGAACGCAAUCCUCCCAUCGAGAAGGUCAUCGAGACCGGCGUCGUCAGUCGCUUCGUCGAAUUCCUCCGUUCUCCUCACACACUCGUUCAGUUCGAGGCUGCGUGGGCCCUCACUAACAUUGCCUCCGGUUCGGCUGCGCAAACUCAGGUCGUCAUUGAGGCUGGCGCUGUGCCCAUAUUCGUUGAGUUGCUGAGCAGCCAUGAGCCUGACGUCCGUGAACAGGCGGUGUGGGCUCUUGGUAACAUCGCCGGCGACUCUCCUGCCUGCCGAGACUACGUUCUCAGCCAAGGUGCUUUGAAGCCGCUGUUGAAUCUGAUUGGAGACGGUCGCAAGCUCAGCAUGCUCAGAAAUGCUACAUGGACCCUCAGCAACUUCUGCCGGGGUAAGACACCGCAGCCAGAUUGGAACCAGAUUCACCCAGCUCUGCCCGUCCUCGCAAAGUUGGUGUACAUGCUCGACGACGAGGUCCUCAUUGAUGCCUGCUGGGCCAUCUCAUACCUGUCGGACGGAUCGAAUGACAAAAUUCAGGCCGUCAUCGAAGCUGGCAUUCCUCGCAGACUCGUCGAAUUGCUCAUGCACGCCUCCACAUCUGUCCAGACACCAGCUCUUCGCUCAGUGGGCAACAUUGUCACUGGUGACGACGUUCAAACCCAGGUUAUCAUCAACUGCGGUGCUCUUCCUGCUCUACUUUCUCUCCUUGGUAGUUCCAAGGAUGGGAUCCGCAAGGAAGCUUGCUGGACCAUCUCAAACAUCACUGCUGGCAACUCAACACAAAUUCAGUGCGUCAUUGAUGCGAACAUCAUUGCCCCACUGAUCAACCUGCUCUCCAAUGGCGACUUCAAGACCCGCAAGGAAGCUUGCUGGGCAAUCUCAAAUGCUACCUCAGGCGGCCUCCAAAAGCCCGAGCAGAUCCGAUAUCUUGUCCAGAACGGUUGCAUCCGACCGCUGUGCGAUCUGUUGGCCUGCCCCGACAAUAAGAUCAUCCAAGUCGCCCUCGACGGUCUCGAGAACAUCCUUAAAGUUGGUGAGAUGGACAAGGAGGCAUCAGCUGCCAACACUGCCGACGCUCAGGUCAACCGCUAUGCUCUGUUCAUCGAAGAAGCCAACGGCAUGGAGAAGAUUCACGAUUGCCAGAACAAUGCAAAUGAGGAGAUCUAUAUGAAAGCAUACAACAUUAUCGAACGCUACUUCUCGGAUGAGGAGGAUGCUGGCGCCGACAUCGAAGAACUCGCGCCUCAGGUUAAUGAACAAGGCUACACACUGAACCAACAAACUCCAGCUGGUCAAUUCAACUUCAACACUAACGGUGGCGACUCAAUGGAUAUGUGA